AUGGCAAGCAUAGCAUCACCAGAAACACCACCAUCACCACCAUUACAGCAAUCCAUACUCCUCCCGGCUCCAGCGCUCUCAUCAAGCAGAUACAACCGACAACUGCUCGUGCCGCAACUCGGCGGUAUUACAGGCCAACAGAAUCUUCUCAAUGCAAGGGUGCUAAUCGUCGGGCUCGGCGGGCUCGGGUCUCCAGCAGCGCUGUACCUCGCCGGAGCCGGUAUCGGCACCCUGGGAUUGAUGGACUCAGACAGUGUCGAGGCGUCGAACCUGCACCGGCAGAUCGCGCACAGUGAAGCCGCGGCCGCGACGGGAGCGCCCAAGGUCACGAGCGCGCUGGAGUCCUGCCGGGCAUUGAAUUCUAGCAUCGAGUAUCGAGCGUACGAGAUGCGUGCAACGCCGGAGCAGUUCUUGAAUGUUUUGCAGGAAGGGAGAUUUGAGACUGUGCUUGAUUGUACAGAUAACCCGGCGACGAGGUAUUUGAUCUCUGAUGCUUGUGUCGUUGCGGGCUGUGUGCUUGUUAGUGGGGCGGCGCAGAAGGGUGAAGGCCAGGUUGUGGUGUUGAACUGUCCUCCCGUGCAGCGCGAGUUGGAAGGGGAGGAGAAAGGACCAUGCUACCGCUGCGUGUUCCCCCGCCCGCCAGCUCCGGAGAUGGUCAGGGGAUGCAGUGAAAUAGGAAUCUUCGGGCAUGUGGUCGGCGUCAUUGGAGUGUUGAUGGCGGGUGAGGCCGUGAAGAUUAUCAGUCAGGGGAAGCAUCUGCCUCGUCCAUCUGACCCAGCCACGAAUCCAGAAGUUGGCGGCAGGUCGUCCCACGAUACGCAGAAUCAACAGCUGAACCAUACUUACUCGCCGUCGUCACCAUUAAAGGCAAAGCCCGGCCCGGCACCCAAACAACAGCACACAAUGCUCCUGUAUAACACAUUCGCGACCGACCCACGCCACCAAUUCCGAACCAUCAUUCUACGCGGGAGGCGGAAAGACUGCCUAGCAUGCGGCGACGACGAGAUCCUAGCAUCAAAGAACCUGACACGCAUCACGGCCGAGUCCAUCUUACAGGGACGCGUGGACUACGUGGCAUUCUGUGGCUUGCUGGAAGAUGUGCGAGUGCUAGGCGACGAGAACAGGAUUGACGCGAAGGAGUUCUUAGAGCUACCACACUACGAGAGUGCAAAAAGACAUAGAAAUAGGCAUGGGCACGAGGGGAUUGCCAACCACAGACGAAAGAGACCUCUUGUUGUGGACGUGCGAGAGGAGCACGAGGUCGAACUGGGCCCGAAGCUGAAAGGCAGCGUGAAUAUCCCGCUGUCGAGGAUCCUCAGGCAUGGUGGGCGGGCGUUCGAUGACUUGCAUGCUCUCAGUGUUGGCCUAGAUACAGAUUCUUUACGUGAUACUCCUACGAAUGGCCUGCCCGAGGGGAGACAGGGCGGCAUGGUCGAUCCGGAAACGCAGGUGCUGCAGAUCUCGCACCCGACUCAGGGCGGGAUGGUUGAUCAGGAAAGGCAUAUUCCAGAUGUGGAGAGAAGGGGGUUAGCGGCGGGCGGCGGAAUGGUUGACCAAGAAAGCCAUAUCCCAACAGCUGUGGGAGGAUGCGAUGCCUAUUCCCAGCAGCUACUGGGCGGAGAGUUCUCUGGAGAAGGUCAAGGGAACGAGUACGACGGACUAGAAAAUGGUGGUGGUGGUGGUGGUGGUGGUGAGGAUGCCAAUACCGAUGAUGAUGAUGAUGGGAAUGCUGGCUGGCCUGUGUAUUUCGUGUGCCAGCGCGGCAACGACAGCCAGCUUGCAGCGCAGACAUUACUCGAGCGGAUACGAGCAGAGAGCGCAAGUUCAAACACUCCUACGAACAGGAGUCAUUGGGGAUGGGUAGGGGAUGUCAGGGGUGGGUUUCUGGCGAUGGAAAAGCAUCAGUUCGGAGAGUUCAGUUAA